AUGGGCCAGUCUCAGUCCAAAGGCGGAGACCGCUCCGGCGAUCCUCUGCAAUCAUAUCCAUCGUUCUCGCGCACUGAUACCAAAGAAUCCAUCCGAUCACUCAAAGGCUCAAUCAGGUCUAAGAUUCCGGGAUCCAGAGGCAGCGACAAGAACAAUGACAGUCCGAGGAAUUCUACAGCAGGCUUUGGUGAUGAUCGAUCCGACGCAGCUUCUGUACGCUCCACAAGUAGUUUGAAGCCACAGUCAGUCGCUCAACAGUCGACUGUCUCGAAUGACCCAAUUCCUUCCCGCACCGGUACCCCAGAACUCCCGCCAUCUCCAUCACAAUCUACCUCUCUCAAUCGAGGCCACAAGGAUGUGGACGCUGCUCAACAGAGUGGCGAAGUCGAUCUUGUAUCGGAUGCACCGCCUUCCGUUCCGCCUGUCACGCCACAGGCCCCUGGAGAGUCCAUCUUGGUAAGGCCUGACAAUCAGAUCAACCCCGUUUUGCUAGAUAUUCUCGCUUCCGCCGGGUCCGAUACGAGCACAUCACCUGGUAUGGGGAUGGGAGCACUCAAGACAAUUGAUUUGGACGACAUGAUUUCGCGGCUGCUAGAUGCCGGGUACUCGACCAAGAUCACCAAAGCUGUUUGUUUGAAGAAUGCAGAAAUCAUUGCCAUUUGUACCGCAGCGCGCGAGGUGCUACUUUCUCAGCCGGCUUUGCUAGAAUUGUCAGCGCCGGUGAAGAUUGUCGGCGAUGUUCACGGGCAAUAUACCGAUCUAAUUCGGUUAUUCGAGAUGUGCGGUUUUCCUCCGGCCGCAAAUUACCUCUUUUUGGGUGACUAUGUCGAUCGAGGAAAACAGAGUCUUGAGACGAUUCUUUUGUUACUGUGCUACAAGCUCAAGUAUCCCGAAAAUUUCUUCCUGCUUCGUGGUAACCACGAAUGCGCGAAUGUGACUCGUGUUUACGGAUUUUACGACGAAUGCAAACGCAGAUGUAAUAUCAAGAUCUGGAAGACGUUUGUCGACACCUUCAACUGUUUACCUAUUGCUGCGAUUGUUGCAGGAAAGAUCUUUUGCGUUCACGGCGGCCUCUCACCCAGUCUUUCUCACAUGGACGAUAUCCGCGGCAUUGCACGACCGACAGACGUGCCGGACUAUGGUCUUUUGAACGACUUAUUGUGGAGUGAUCCCGCAGAUAUGGAGGAAGAUUGGGAGCCCAAUGAGCGCGGAGUGAGUUAUUGUUUUGGCAAGAAGGUCAUUAUGGACUUUUUACAACGACACGAUUUCGAUCUUGUAUGCCGAGCGCACAUGGUUGUAGAGGAUGGGUAUGAGUUCUUCCAGGACCGGAUCCUGGUCACUGUAUUUUCUGCUCCAAAUUACUGCGGCGAGUUUGACAAUUGGGGUGCCAUUAUGUCGGUAUCGGCAGAGUUGCUGUGCAGUUUCGAGCUACUCAAGCCAUUGGAUUCGAGUGCAUUGAAGAAUCACAUCAAGAAGGGACGAAAUAAGCGAAACAGCAUGCUUAACAGUCCUCCCGCUGUUGUUUCUGCGCAAAGUUAUUAG